AUGGCCAUUAUGACUACCAUGGCCGCCGCCCUUCCCAUCCCUAUUCCUCCUGAUCCUGGCCAAGAGUACUCUGAGCCUCUCCCUGAUCCGCGCUAUGCGCCAAACCCUACUCUCCAAGCUAAUCUCGCAUUCCGUAUCAUCCUCACGAUUCUCGGUACGGGCUUCAACUGGGUACCUCUUCGCAUCCUUUGGAAGCAUGGAGAUUUUGCGGUAGUAGUUCUGAUCGCGGACGUAACCCUCAUGAAUUUCAUCACCGUCAUCAACGCCCUCAUCUGGCGCUCUGAUAACUAUGACACCUGGUUUGACGGUCGCGGUCUCUGCGAUAUUGAGGUCUAUAUUUCGACCCCCUUGCAGACUAUUUACGCCGCUGCCAUUUUCGCCGUGGUUCGUCACCUCUCAGAGCAUGUCAAGAUCGCUCGCGCUACCCUUCUCAACCGCCAGGAGAAGAAGCGACGAAACUUGAUCCAGGCUCUGAUCAUUUUCACUAUUCCCGUCCUACAGCUGCUGUUCACCUGGUUUGAUCUCGCGCAGCGAUACAACAUCGGAACACUCAUCGGUUGCAUGGCUGUUUUCGAUAACAGCUGGCCGCGAUUCAUCAUUUAUGAUGCGCCUAGUCCUAUUUUCGUUGUGGGAUCUGUGCCUUUCGCUUACCUGACCUGGAAGCGCUUCCGAGCCAUCUCGAAGACCAACCGAACGUUGUUGCAAAACAACUCGACGAACGCCGGUCGCAUGAACCGAGCGCGAUACCGUCUGUACUACCUGAUGCUGGCAAUCAUAGUCGUCUAUGUGCCCGUAUCCAUUUACUUCAUGGCGUACAACAUCCAGAGCGCCCUGGACUCGGUCCUGAAGCCGUAUAGCUAUCACCGAAUCCACUGGGAGCCGUCUCCCUAUCCCUGGGAUGCGACUUUGUUCGUACCGUCAUGGCGUAUUCCUACGCCAGUCAUGAACCAGCCGUGGAUCUCGAUCUCCACUACAGCUGCGAUUAUGAUCUUCUUCGGCACGACCAAAGAAGGUCUUGAGAUGUACCGUCGAUACUUCGCGGAUAUGGGUUUAGCUCGUUGGUUCCGCAUCCUUCGAGACUCUUGCGAUCCUGUUGAUCCCCAUCCAGCUCUUGACCCCGAUGAGACGCAGGCAGGCUGGAUAGAGCUUACGAGCCAGGGAAACCGCGGUGGAUCCGAUACUGCUGGACCGAGUGUCAUAUAUCCCACGAACAGACAGGCUCCAGACCCAUACCCAAUCUCUCCAGAUUCAGGCAAAGAAUUCGAGCCGCUCUCGCCUUUGUCACCGUUGACCGUUGGCCCCCCUCCCCGCCGACCCAUUACGAACGAGGACAUCGCACAAUCCGGCAGUCCCUUAGACCGCGCUAUUGCACCACUAAUCCCGCCUCGCUCUUCCUCUAUUCAGAGCAUGCCCGAGGCACAGGGUCCGUCUGCCAACCAGGCAUCCGGCGGAGAGAGUUCCCGCGUCACGCUCAGCUCAGUUCCGAGCCAGCGACGCUCCAUCGUGCGUAGUGGAAACCACGCAGGCGACGCUGCAGUCGCAGGUCCCUCACGUUCGCAAUCGCAGUCUCAGGGUCAAUCAGCGUCCCAGUCUCAACCCCGUGGAUCGAGACAGCAGAACCGCAUGACUCCUACAGUUACGGACCUCAGUCUUACGGCUCCCUUGAUCCAACGACUCGAGCGCAUGGACGACACGCCCACAACCAUCAACUCAGUGCAAAGCGAAGAAGCAGUCAAGCCUCGCGAAAUGUUCCACGGCACCAGCACCGACAACAACAUCAGCACCCACGGCAGCGAAGCACAAGUACAACUCCGAAUCUCCCAACCCCCAACCCGCCAACUCUCCUACCGCGAGCGUCAAGAACUCCUGCACCUAGCGCGCGAACAACAACGACUCGAACUCCGCGAAGACAUCGAGUCCCCGGGCUCCCUCUGGCCCUUCCCAGCCGGCGCCGCAAUCACCACCCCCGUCCACCCGGGCACCCUAGUAAACGAAGUCGCGUCCCGAGGCCGAACCCACACCGACGCCGGCACAGCGCGCACCUCAACCUCGGCCCCCCGCGCUCUUCGCUCAGUAACCGGUUCCGUAACCAGCACCCGCAGUGAAGCAUACACCGCCUACGCGACAGACCACGGCUUCGUGCGCGUCCCGCUCAUCGGCUCGCCCCCUCCUCCCCGUGCCUUACGCCACACAAGCGAGCGACGACGAGGUCGAAGCGUUCCCCGUUCUCUAGUCGAAACGUAUGAAUUCUUUGAUUGGUCCGAGACUGAUUCGUCGACUAUCCGCGGUGGAAGUGGAAACGAGAGCCAGGAACAGGAACAGGAGAAGGAGGACAAUGGCAAGGAUAAGAAGGGCAAGGGAAAGGAAGUUAUGCGAUAAAAAGAAGGAAACGAUGACCAUUUCCCUUUCCUUUUUUUCCUCAUUAGUUUGUUCGUUACGCUGGUUGACGAUGAUGAGGAUGAUGUGGUGGGUGGAAAAAUCGGAGGCGGAGUUAGGUUGAUCGGUGGCGUUGCGGUGUUACGCGAAAAGAGGGGUACGUACGGCGUCAGGUAGUCGGCGAAUGGCAAUACCCUUUACUUUGCGAGAAUUCAUUCAUGUACGGCUUUGGGAAGUCACUCCCAUAUGCCCUUUUCUGUUGAUUAAUUACAGCCCGAUUCUUCAGUUAGUCCCCAAGAUAGGCAGAUGGAACGGGCACAAUA